AUGGGAAACUGUCACGGUAGCAACAAUUACUCAGAGCGACUUCCUCUGGACGAUUCUUCCGUAGCUGUCUUACGGAAAACCAAGAACCGCAAAGGGCGUGAGGUUGAGGACACUUGGAGAGCAGAUUACUACUCAUUUGGAAAGACAAGCUGCGAACUCGACUUGACCAAAACCAACCGCAACAAGCGCGAAGAAGAGUUAUCCAUCUCUAUCCGUGACCAUGUCUCAAACAAUGCCAACGAUGACGUUGAUUUUCAGAUGAACAUGAGAGUGGAAGAAGGUCUUCUUUCAGCAAACGUUACUCUAAACGGACCUAGAUGCCUGCAGCAACUUCCCGAGAGGAAAAUCCCUAUUGCUCAAGGUGGGGUUCUCAAGUCCUCUUCCUUCUUAUACGGACGUGACAAUGACCGAAAGGGUCUUAUUGUCCUUUUAAGGGCAAAGAGAAGAGAUAACGAUGAAGAGCUUCCUUACAUGAUCACUGUGAAACACUAUUUUGUUUCUGCAUGUUGUUCUCAUGGUGUGUCUCUUGUGGCAAAGAUUCGCAGUGACAAGGGUGAUGGAGGUUUGAGUGUUGAGAUUGAGAAGCCUUCUAUGCAGCCCAAACAUGAGUUGUUGUGCAUCUUUGAUGAUGUCAAAGGAAAAGGAUGGUGCCCUAAUCCUACUAAUUCUGAUUGCUCAAUGGAGCUUUCCAACAAAAGUAAUGGUAAUGUCCCUAUGAUAAACUUUGGAGGAAACAACAAUAAUCCAAAUGCUAUUCCUUUUUCUUAUAGCAUUAGCGGCAAGCAAAACAUCUCGUCGGUAAUAAGCUCAAGUGGAUGCACUAAUGGCGAUUAUAAUGGUUCUUUGAUAUUCCAGGACUGCCAAAUUUGUUUUGACGCCAUUGGUACUCUGAGGAAUUAG